AUUAUGGGCUCCACCCUUCCUGAGGUCAUCUCUUUCAGCCCUGAUUUUUUCUGGUCUUUUCUCACCUCCAGUUUAUCUCCCCACCCCCCCCCCCCCCUUACUCCAGUAUUUUGUGUCUAUCUAAACCAGCAUCUGCCAUUACUUCCUACAGAUCCAGAAGCAAGCCAGGCUUUCUCCUGGCCCAUGGAAGGAACAUCCAUGGCAACCAAACCUUCAGCUCAGUUGGUUCUAUGGAGACACUGGAGUGUGUAAGGGAAAGAUGGUUGGCGAGCCCAGUCUAACCCACUUGUUGAAGGGUGACCCAUACUGUAACUUUGGAUUAUUUUUGACUCCAGGAUAAGCUUCAUAAUUGUUGAAACUUACGAAAGGGAGUGGUAGAUUUACACACAUCAAGCUUUCUGAAAUUUGAUAAUAGGUUCUGAGCCGAUAUUCCAAGCCAGUGUGGUUGAAUAUGGUGUGCUAUAUUUAAGAGGGAGUUAGAUGCGGCCCUUGUGGCUAAAGGGAUCAGGGGGUAUGGAGAGAAGGCAGGUACAGGAUACUCAUUAGGUUGAUCAGCCAUGAUCAUAUUGAAUGGCGGUGCAGGCUCGAAGGGCCGAAUGGCCUACUCUUGCACCUAUUUUCUAUGUUUCUAUGAAUGACUGGGAGGAUAAAGAACUAAUAAAGACAUGAUGGUCCCACUACUCUUCUUCAAAUCAGUGCCAUUUGAGUCUGCCUGGGGGAUCAAGAUGUAUUAGCAUCAGAUCAGGAAGAUGGUGUCACCUCCUCAACAAUGGUGCUUUCUGAGCCUUCAAACCAGACAGACACUCUGAAGGUUCAACAACAAACGAACAUUGGUGAUUGUCACUGCUGACAUUUGGAGAAGUGUGAGUCCAUUGCACAGGGUAACAACAGCAUUCAUUCAACGUGAGUGACAAUGAGAGAUGUUAAAUUAGUGGCUCCUGUAGAUGUAUGCGAUGUGACAGUCCCGUGGAAGGGUUUAUAACACGUGAUGGUUCUGAUUCAGCACUUGCCUGGAGGAAGGGCAGCUCAGGUCUCUUAAUAACAAGUCAUUGCGUGACUUACCUCGCGUACCAAUGCAGAUGUAAGCACUCAGGAGGGUGUGUGUUGGUCUUGCAGAUGAGUUGUUCACAGCCGUUAAUGAUGAACGUACAAAGUUAUCUGAAAAGCACCUGGAAUGGACUAAAUGGUGGCAAAAUGAAGAGGCGGGUGGAAGCGGCUAAAAGCCCCUGGACUCCACCGCUCACCUUCGACCUCAGUUACAACGAAAGCGUCAGGUUGGCCACGGACGCGCUGCUCGACUCCGGACCCGGGGCUUAUGAGAACAUCUUGAACUGGGAGCAGGAACUGAGCUUCUUAUCUCCUUCAGAAAUGCAGUACAUUGUCACCAACGCCGAGGGUCCCCAGCUCCAGGAACCAGGUGUAGAUGGAGAAGGGAUGGAUGCUGUCUCCCACGCUUCGGACACCUACUUCCCCCUGGAAUCAGACAGCGGGGGCCCGGUGCUGGAGCAAGGCUGGCCCAUGUUAAACAAACGCUACUACCUGAAGGGCCCAUCCAAUGUCAGCGUUUACUUCCAGACCCAGGGCUCCCGCAGCAUCAAGGACGUUUUACGCUUCCAAAUCAACCAGGCUGUUGAGUUGAUCGCCGUUGUGAUGGAUGUAUUCACUGACAUCGACAUAUUUUGUGAUGUGCUUGAAGCUGCCAACAAGCGCAGCGUCGCGGUUUAUGUGUUGCUGAACCAGGGCUCGUUACAAUACUUCACUGAAAUGUGUGAAAAACUCCAGUUAACAAGCAGUCACUUAAAGAAUAUAAGUGUGCGGACGGUUUCUGGCGAUCUCUACUGUGCAAAGUCAGGAAUGAAAUUCUCAGGACAAGUUCAAGAAAACUUCAUCAUCAUAGACUGCCUGCAUGUCUUAGCAGGAUCUUACAGUUUCACUUGGUUGUCGGCACAAGUCCACAAGAACUUCAUCAGCUUCUAUUCCGGGCACGUUGUGGAAUGUUUUGAUGAGGAGUUCCGCCGGCUCUACUCCCAGUCCAAGCAGGUGAAGGGGUUCAGCUCAGAAGAAGCUGAGCCGUGCUCCGCUGUGAACAGCCAGCCACGACCCGUCCUCACACCGACGGCAGUGUGGCCUGAAAGUCGCAACACUCACUCGGGCACCCUCAGCAGCCUGUCCAACCUCAGUGACCCACAUGACCGUCUACAACUUCAGUCUCCGCCUGUAGUGAGCAAAGACCGGCGGCACAGUAGCGCUGUCCCUCAGUACAGAGUAGUGUACACUCCUCUAGUCCAGCACAGGAAGCAACCAUUCCCACUGCCCCUUGCCCACAGACUAUGCCCUGCUCCAGCGACCUGCCUCCUCAAGGAGAUUCCGAAACCUGGGACUUGCUCCAAGGACAUUAACGUUCUCAGGGCAGGGAAAGAGGAGUUGCAGAGUUCAUUCCAACUGUUGUCCAUUGGGCAACUUUACCCCCCACCAGAUACCAAACAAUGCUUCAGCCCAGAGCAAAACCGCAGAGGGAAACACACCACAGACGUUCUGUUCAGACCUAAUAAUCUGAUGGGCCCCAAGCAUUUCAACCACAGAUAUUAAAAUAUGAACGGAAAUAUGGGCGCAGUAUUGUGGGGGGUCGGAAUGUGGAAUGUGUGUGGAAACUAUGGGCAUUCGAGAGCAGAUAUCCUCUCCUCAUUUCAUGAUCUAGAGUCAUCGCAACAUGGAAACAGUCCCUUCAGCCCACCAAGUCUACGCCAAUAUGCCCAGUUACCUGAAGUUCACACAAACUCCGUUUUAAGCGGUUGUUAGGUUCUUAAUUAAUAAUGGCAUCAAAGGUUACGUGGAGUAAGGUUAAGGCAAGAGAUUGGGGUUGAAAGGAAAAAAAUAGAUCAACUAUGAUCAAAUGGUGGUGCAGACUCGAUGACCCAAAUGGCAUUAUUCUGCUCCUGUCUUAUGAUCGUGAUCAUUUUGUCGCACAACCCACCAGGGUUUCACCACUUUGUGUGUGAAAAUAUGGAAUAUUUAUAUUUGUCCCUCUGCUUCUAUGACCUGCUCUGCCUUUCCGUGCACUGCUGUAAGUGAUUGCCUUUCUCUGCCCGUACUUAUUGAAUAGAAUCUCUUGCAUUGUUUACUUAUGAUCCAAAAUUAUGAUCUCCCCACUGAUUCUUUUUGACUCUCUGCCCCAAAUUUUGUUUAUUCUCAAAAUCUGCAAAGUCUUGGCCUUCAUGGUUUGUUACGGUUAUUCACUCUUUGAUCAAGGGCAGUGCACAGUUUGUGAGAAAAAGGAAAUAGUAUCAGAAAUAAAAUACCAUUGCCACAGAAGGCUGUGAAGGCCAAGUCAAUGGAUAUUUUGAAAGCUGAGAUAGAUUCUUGAUUAGUACGGAUGU